AUGCAAUGGAAAAUUUAUUUACGUAGAAUUUUCUAUGGAGGAAUAGGUUUUUUUCUUAUUUAUUUUAUUAUCUUUCGUCGUCGUUCAUUACGAAUUUUUCUCACUGAAUCAAAUAUUAGUGAAUUAAUAAAUCAAACCUCUUUAAAUAAUACAAAACUUCAUCGUAUUCCUCGUAUUAUUCAUCAAACAUGGAAAACACAUGAUGUACCAAUACAUUGGAAUGAAACUGUUCAAUCCGUUCGUCAAUAUAAUGCUAAUCAAUUUGAAUAUCGUUUAUGGACAGAUAAUGAUAUGCAUAGAUUUGUUCGUCAAGAAUAUCCUAAUUUAUAUGAAAAUACAUUUCUUAAAUAUUCACUUGAAAUUCAACGUGUUGAUGCAUUUCGUUAUUUUAUUUUAUAUCAUUUCGGUGGCAUUUAUAUUGAUAUGGAUAAUGGAUGUAGAAAAUCAUUUGAUAGUUUAAUAAAUGUAUUAGAAAUACUUGAUUCACAAUCAAAUCAUCUUGCUGCUUUUCCUUGUACAAGUCCAAUUGGUAUUUCAAAUGGUUUUAUGAUAACAACAAAAGGUCAUCCAUUAUUUAAAAUUCUUAUAUCACGUUUACCACUUUUUAAUCAUAAUUAUCUAAUUGAUUAUCUUACAGUUAUGUUUAGUGCAGGUCCAUCAUAUCUCUCAAUAAAUGAAUUUUAUUUUGAUCAAUCUUUUUAUCAAUCAAAAGUACGUAUUAUUGAUGAAAAUGUCUAUUCAUCUAUAUAUACAUGGCAUACACCGGGUAAUUCAUGGCAUGGACGAGAUGCUGAAAUAAUUCUACGUAUAUAUCAUACAUGGCGAAAUUCGUAUCCAACAAUUCUUUAUCGUUUUCUAUUAAUUAUUGGAAAACAAAUCUCCAUAGGAAAUGAUUUCGUUAUUUUAAAAUAA